UUAAAUUUUUUUCUCUCUUUAAGAAUAAUACCGGAACGAAUAAUAAUCAAUGUCGGAUUUAUACGAUAACGUACCAGGUGGCUCUUUAAAGCUUAAAGGAGGCUCUGGAAUUACAAAUAAAAUAAAAAAAAAAAAGAAGAAAACGAAAAAAGAUAAAGAAAAACUUAAAUCUUAUGCUAAAGAUUUAAUCAGUGAUGAUUCUGCAUCAUCAGAAAAGAUUAAUCCUAUUCGGGUCGUUACUAAAACUGAAGCUGAAUUAAAGUUUGAAGAAAUUCAGAGAAAGAGGUUGGAUGAAAAGGUAGAAAAGGCAGCGCGUAGAUCUCAUAAAGAACGUGUGGCAGAACUAAAUAGAAAAUUAGAAGAAAUGACCGAACAUUAUGAUAUCCCAAAGGUUGGACCUGGCUAAGGAUUGUGUGUACACACGCCGUCGCUAAAUAUGCACUUACUUCACUAUGUAAAUCUUCUUGAUCAAAUCCGGUAAUAAAUAUAGCACAUUUGGUUUGUAAUAAUUUAAUUAUUGUGUCAUGCCAUGUGUUUGUUUGUGAAAUUCCUGGAGAAAAGAG